UCAACUACAGCAACUACACUAACAACAACAACAGACUCAAUAACCAUAGCAAACACAACUACACCAGAAAUUAUAAGUACUGCUACAGCAAAUACACCACCAACAACAACCACAUCAACUACAGCAACUACACCAACAACAACGACAGCAACUACACCAACCACAACGACCACAUCAACUACAGCAACUACACCAACAACAACAACGACAGCAACUACACCAACCACAAUGACCACAUCAACGACACCAACUACACCAACAACAACUACAGUAACUACACCAACCACACCAACCACAACCACAGCAAAGGUCAUUUCUCAAAAUGCAAAUAUUACCAUGGACAUGGAUUACCAAGAUUCAUACAACGACCCAACUAAUGAAGUUUACAAAGAUGUGUAUAAUGCUAUUGAAUCAACAUGUAAGAACAGCAUCUCCGGUUGUUCAGUAAGCACACUUUCCUUCAAGAGUGGAAGCACCAUCGCUGUGUAUACUGUCAGUGCUCCUUCUCUUAGUGACCCAAACAUGACCCAAGUAAAAAAUGGGGUAUUUAGUCAGCUGGCAUUAAAAUACCCAGUGGUGUUUGACAGUGACACAACUUUGGUGUUUCAGCCACAAACAAUAUAUAUUGGGUAUAUUGCGAAUGUAAAAUGUGGCCCCCCACCACCGAACAUCAUGAUUGAGAGCAACUGGGAAGCAGUGUGGACUGUUAAUGGCACAAACAUUACAGCAGACGCACAACACAGCUUUACCAAAACGGAUGGAGCAUCGCAAUUAGUUGUCUCAAAAUUUUCUGAAAAAGAUAAUGGGAAUUAUGAAUGUAAGCUGAUGGGGAAAAAUGGUCCAAUUUUCCGCCAGACAGGAUCCUACACAGCCAAUUACAAAAAUGAUGUCCAAGACAACGCCAUCCUACAAGCGGUCCAGGACCUAUUUGUUCAGUCUAAGAUCCUGAAUGAACAAACUCUUCCGGUAUUCUUGGCGCAGCUCAGUAAUGUUUCUGUGAACAACAGUAAUGUAAUAACUAGAUCUGCUGCCACCAUUAAAGCCAUUGUUAAUAUACUUGCAAAUGUAGCCAAUACAUCUUCAUCAUUGUCUAUCUCAAUAAAUAGAGAUGUAAUGACGGAUGUCCUGAAAACUGCAGAUGUCCUCACCAGUAAUGAUGCAAUUGAUUCAUGGAGUACUUUGAACACAAAUGAUACUCAAAACAACACUGAUGCAAAAAGUUCCAGCUCAUCAUUUUUACAGUCUCUUGAGAUUAUAACAUCCCAUCUUACCAAUGACUCUUUCAACAUCGACACACCUCUUAUUCUCUUGAACAAAACCACAUUCACAGAUACAUUUAGCAGUGACUUUAAUUCCUCGGUGGUGGUAGACAUACCAGAGUCUGAUGGAAUAAACAAGACAAUCACUGUGAUAACAUUUGCCUCCAUGAACAACGUCCUUCCUCCAAGAGAUAAAGUCAAUUCAUCAGUUAAUGUUAUCAAUGGAAAGGUUGUACUUAUCCAGUCCAAUGGUACAAAAAACAACAUUUCUAUAACAUUUGAUACUCUAAAUGACACUCUGGGGAAUCCGCAGUGUGUUUUUUGGAACUUCAGCCUCUACGAUGGUCUGGGAGGAUGGGACACUGAGGGCUGCUUCUUGGUGUUCAAUGUAAACAAAACUGUCAGAUGUAACUGCAACCAUCUCACCUCGUUAUCUAUCCUAAUGUCACCCAACAGCGAUGAUUCCGACGCUAUGACCUACAUAACCUACAUUGGAGUUGGCAUAUCCAUGGGUUCCUUGGUGAUAUGUCUCAUCAUAGAAGGUGUCAUAUGGAAAAAAAUAAGAAGGAACACUACGUCUUACUUGCGCCACGUUUCCAUUGUGAACAUCGCCGUUUCUCUCCUGAUUGCAGACAUUUGGUUUAUCAUUGGAGCGGCUAUUUCUAAAAAGACAAACACAUCAGCAUGCACUGCAGCAGUUUUUUUUAUCCACUUUUUCUACCUUGCUCUGUUCUUCUGGAUGCUAGCCUCAGCUCUGCUGUUGCUCUACCGCACCAUCAGUGUCUUUGAUGGAGGCUUAUCUAAGAUGUCAAUGCUGGCUAUUGGAUUUUCUCUGGGAUAUGGUGCACCUCUCAUCAUUGCAGUCAUAACAGUAGCUGUAACUGCACCUAAAAAUACAUAUAUCCGAGAAAAUGCAAUCUGCUGGCUUAACUGGGACGAGUCCAAAGCUCUGCUGGCAUUUGUGAUCCCUGCGCUGUUGAUAGUGGUGAUAAACCUCAUAAUCCUGUUUGUGGUAAUAUACAAGAUGUUAAGGAGGAGGGUGUCCACGACUGCUUCACAAGCAGGUGAGAAGCAUGUUCUGCUGGUAAUUGUCAGAAGUUUGGCUGUGCUCACCCCAAUUUUUGGACUAACUUGGGGUCUGGGAGUUGGAACUAUGCUCAACCCAAAUGAGGGAAUCCAUAUUGCAUUUGCAUUUUUCAAUUCACUGCAGGGUUUCUUCAUUUUGGUGUUUGGAACACUGUUGGACAAAAAGGUGCGAUCUGAAAUAGCAGCAAUGUCACAAUCUUCCCAGAGUGGGACGAGGAGCACCAGUGGUGGAAUAUCGUUCAGUAAACUGGGAUUCUUACGGCUUUUGAGACGAGGAAAAGGUUCUUCAGGCGGCUACAAUGUGUCAUCAAAUUUAUCCAACGACUCAUUCAACAACACCUAAUAAUACACUGCUCAGUUUAAAAAGACAAAUCAGACUUUUUGUUCUUAACAGCUUCAUAAUACAUUGGUCUGAACUUUUACAUGCCAUCCAAAACAAGAUUUAAUUAGAUCUUUCUGGAUUUGGUUUGUCAAUAAUGAAGGAAGCAAUAAUCACGUCUUCUUGUAAAACUAUUACAGCUUUUAAAAAUAUUUAAUAUUGUAGUCCUAACUGCUUUUUUUUUCUUUAGUAUUUUUCAUGAGAUUUACUUCCUCAUAUAUCUUUUUUAAGUUUUCAUCUUUUGCAAGAGUUAAAUUAUUUUUGUAUAUUAUUAGACUAGAUUUUAAUACUCUGGUCAGACUUUUGCUGAUUCUAAAUCUAAGGGCUCAUUCACACCAACAUUUUUUAUUUGAAUUCUAGUCUGUUUGCUCAGAAAGUUUGCUUCAUUUGGGGUAUUGUGAAGGUGCAAAUGAACUCUGAUUUGGAUCUUACAGGUGGACUCGGUCUGCCUAUGAAUGUGGUUCUCAGUCAGUAAAAUGUCUGAUUUGUUUGAUUGGUGCAGUGUGAGCACAAACUGCAUCUGGAAGAACCUUGCACCCCCCAACUGAACCAAGUCCCCAAUCGCACUGAGCCUAGCGGACUAUCCUGGAGUGUUUCCAUCUAAAAAUGUUUUUGACAUCUACAAGUAAACAUCACAUCCACCCAUCUAUCCAUGUUUUACCUUCUUAUUUCAAUCUAGUUGGGGUUAGUCAUUACAUAGUUUGCUAAUUAAAAAACUUUUACAGUAGCUGCAUCAUCACUCUUCCUUUACAGAUCAAAUCUGAUCUAUGAAGCAAAGCAGUCCAACACAGAACAGCAUGUUUGUUUACACUAAAGGAAUAAUGCUAAAAAGUUCACCUCAAUGUUCCAUUUAUCAUUCCAAUUACUAUUUUUAAUGUUUUUUUUAUGUCAUUAAUAAAUUGGAAACAUCUCUGGUAUAACAGUGAUGCAGUCGUUAGUACUCUCAUCUAACAGUUUGGCAGCAGCUUGUAGAGCCGGGAUGGACACCUCCGGUCCUCCUUCAGGUUUUAGAUGUUUACCUGUUGCAGAACAUGUGAUUUGAUUUUUAGUUAUCCAACAUCCUUCUGUAAAGUUCACCAGAGCUCUGUUAAUUAUCCUUCAUUUGAAUCAGGUGCGUUGGAGUAGGAAAACAUUUAAAACCUGCAGGACGCCCUCAAGGACCAGAAUUGCUGAUUAAUGUGUGAUGUUCAGGUGCUGCUGUUUUCUUUUUUUAUUUUCGAUAUUUCUACAUUGCACAACCUUGAGCAGAUCUCCAUUAAAAUCUAAUGUUACUUGAUAAUUUUUAUGUAUUUUGUAUAAUGCUUUAGUGUUGCUUGUGUUGCAUUUAGUUGCCAUGUACCUGUACAUGUGUGAUGACAAAGUUAAAUCUAAUCUUAUCUAAUCUUAAAACAACAGAAGUGAAAAUGCAAGUGCACUUUAAAACAGUUUGAAGAUCCAAUUCUUUUUAAUCUGAGUUAUAAAUUUACUAAAUCUGUGUAAAAAAUAAAAAUGGUAUUUUGUAAUUGUUUAUGUCUCCUUUAUGUCUGAAAAAUGAAAGAACAUUACUUAAAUAUUUUAAACCCUUAACAUCCUGUUUAUCUGAAGGUUUCUUAUCCCCGAAAAUGAUUUUUAAAAAAGAAACCUCAGUGGUGCUUUAAAGAUGCUAACAACAAAUUUAAAUUAUUUCUGUUUCGUUUUACACAAAAAAAAAAUUUGCUCUGAUUAGUUGUAAAAUCUACAGAAUGUAUUUCAGCAAGUGAUUAUACUGACUAAUAAUAAACA